CGAAAUAAGGUUCCGGCAGUAGGUAAAUGUUUAGAAAUUUGUAAACUUUAGAUCAGAUUAGAAGACAAAUCUGAGAUAAGGUUGUUGUUUUAAAUACAAAAGCUUUUAUUCAGUUGAAUAAAAAAAAUAUAGAAAAGUUUCGCAACAACCUACUGUGACGACCUGAUAACACUCAGAAAAUGGCGGGAGUACAAAAAGUACGACUUAAUAAUUUAAAUACAAAUUUAAGGAAUGCCUUAAUUAUUGGAAUAAUUGUUGCCAAAAAUAGUCCACGUAUUAUAGGUUCGAAAAAGAAAAACGGUGAAACAAGAGGUAUCACAAAUUUUACAAUGAGAGAUUCCAAUGUAGACACUAUCAAUAUUGAUGUAUGGGGUUCUGAAUAUUAUGUAAUUACUAUUUAUGAAAGGUUCCUUGUUGGAGAUGUUGUUGAAAUUAGUUCGCCCAAAAUAUGUGUUAAAGGCAUUGACAAUGAAAUAUACAGACCGCAGGUGUCUUCUCCAUUUUAUCUAUCUUUGAGUGAAGGAAUGUCGGAGGUGACACUUUAUAGCGGAGACACCUACAGCUCAUACUUGCCUCUACUCCACGUUCCUACUAAACCAGCCGCCGGAUAUUGUGGCAUCGCUGAAAUCUUAAAACUACAAGAACAGAGCGGAAAUGUCUAUGUCGAUUUAUUGGUUGUUGUUAAGUCUGUAAGCCCCGUUAAAAGUAUUAGAACUAAAAUUGGAACAGAUAUGACAGUACGCAGCGUAGAACUUCUAGACAACACAACGCCUGCAUCGCUUACUUUGGAUACAUUUGAUAUUGAUACUAUUCAAAGAGCUGAAGAAUGGCGUUGCCUAGAGAGCGUGCUAUUUAUAGCCGAUGCGCGAGUUUCCUGGAGAAAUCGUGGGGUUAAGGUCCAAGUGUGUUCGCGAACUGUCGUCACUCACCAACCCUACACUGCCGACGCUGAGUCUUUGAGACUUUAUAUCCGUAACCAGUCGAGCACACGUGGUGGAGAAAUAGCCGCGUGGGCGGCGUGGAGCGGGGAGCGCGUGAGCAGCGCGUCCGUAGCCCAGAUCCGCGACCGCCUCGCCAACGCCACGCCCUUCUGCGCUUCGCUGCACGCCUUGCUCAUACAUCUCGACUUGGAUGAACUUCUCAGUGCAGGUGGCGACGAAGAAAUACGCGUGCGUUUUGCAGACCAUACCGGAGAAAUGGGCGCGCACCUCCAAAUAACCAUCUUAGAAGACUCUCUGGGCUGUUCUGGCGAGCAACUAAAGGCCAUGUCGACUGAAGAGAGAUCAGCUAUUCGCUGGCGCUUACUCCUGGAGCAGUGCUACGCCAAGUUAGCUGCGUCCCCGCCGCGCCUCAUGGUGCUCAGUCUCCGUAGGGCGUCGCCGGCGGACCCAAUACCGCUGUAUUGAUUUAUUUAUUUCAAAAUUGUUUAAUGAUAAUUGUCAGUUUAUUGUGAAUAUUCUCAAUAAAGUAACUAUAAUUUCCAUAA